AUGAAGGAUUUAACUGGAGGACAGGUUGUUGAUCAGUUGAAGAAACUGGAUACUGAUCAGGAAAAGAGGUACCAAGAGCAUGUAGCUAAAGAAAAAAGCGAUGUGGUACGGAAAUUCAGUAAAUUCACAGAAGAAGAGCGUGCUAAGAUGCUUAAGAGUCUGAAAGAACAGGCUGAAAAACACAAGAGUCGUCCUAGAAUUUACCAACCAGGAAGUCAAGAUCAGCUUAAAGAAUAUUGGGAAAAAUAUGAGGGAUUGGAUAAGGAAUCAUUCAAUUUUCGAACGUUAUUUGCUGAUAUUGCAGGGUUCCAAAUAAUUUGUUUGUCUUCAUCGAAGCAGUCUAAUUGGACUCGAGGUCUUAUUUGGCGGUACUUGAAACUGGGGGUUUGUGUAAUGGUUAUCUUUGCGCUACUUUUUCUCAUAAUCAAGUUCAUUGUGUCGGUUCCUGUCGUACCUUCUUCUAACUAUGCUGAGGAAGCUUCUCAAUACAAGAAAUAUUUAGAAGAGGCACCAAAAGCAAUAAACGUGGAUCCUCAAACACUGACUUCGGCUCGAGAAUUUUUUGGAGGAAAUUCUUCUUUAGAUGAUUUAUUACUACUUUGGAAUACAACUUUACGAGAUAAACACGAUGAAACAAAACGUCAUCUAGUCGAAAAACUUAUAAAAGCCCAUUUGAGGAAAGCAGCAGAUAGUCAUCCCAACACAAUGGGCGGUAUUGUCUACAAAACCUUACCGGGAUAUGAAACGGAAUCAUCGAAAAAAGUUGUUGAUCAGUUGAAGAAACUGGAUACUGAUCAGGAAAAGAGGUACCAAGAGCAUGUAGCUAAAGAAAAAAGCGAUGUGGUACGGAAAUUCAGUAAAUUCACAGAAGAAGAGCGUGCUAAGAUGCUUAAGAGUCUGAAAGAACAGGCUGAAAAACACAAGAGUCGUCCUAGAAUUUACCAACCAGGAAGUCAAGAUCAGCUUAAAGAAUAUUGGGAAAAAUAUGAGGGAUUGGAUAAGGAAUCAUUCAAUUUUCGAACGUUAUUUGCUGAUAUUGAUUUAGAUGGAGACGGUUAUCUGAAUGUCCAUGAAAUUGAAGCACUUUUACAAAAAGAAGUAGGUAUAAUUUUCAUUCUCGUUUUGAAUUCAAUAAAAAAUAUUUUAUUUUUAUAGUGCAUUUUAUUUAGAGUAUUUAAUGUUAAGCUACAAAAGUAUUAUUAUCGGUAGGAGUUUCGUAUAGGUACAAGCCCAAAACAACAAUGACGAACUUUUAACCAGUUGUUUACCAAUUGGAAAAUAGCUUUUGUACAUGAAGUCAGUGACCCAGUCAGCUACAGCGUAGAACCAGGUACAUAUAUGCAUCGGCGCAAGUUGCCAUACCUCAUUAGCACAAUAAGAUAAACACCAAUAUACAUAGAAGUAGUUACUUCAAUGAUAGUAAUAUGUAGAAGAAAGAUUGUGUAUAAGGAUAUAGACAGGAAGAAAGAUUUAGAAAGAAAGAUAUAAAGUAAUCUUAAUCUCACGAUUUAAGGGAAGACAAAAAGUGUAUACACCAACGUAAAUGAAUAGUUUAUGGAGAAGAAAAUAAUAUUUUACAUAGCUUAAACAGAUUUUAUGUAAUCGAUGAGUGUAUUGAAAUCUACCUAAGAUUUUUCGGUUUGUAGAUCAAAAACAACUUCAUAUUAGUUCGUUCGAAUGGAUACAGAACAUUUGUCUUCUCUAACCGUUAUGAGGACCCAAAAAGGUUUUACAGAUUCUCCAGUCUUCUGUAAAAAUGAUAUUAGGUCGGUUGACCCAUGUUGAUUUUCGCAGAAUGUUUUCUAGUGAAGAUCUUAUUUCUUCAAAGUAUUCACCAAUCGGACCGGUACUCAGAUUGUUCCUGGUUAGGGUUUAGGAGCAAGGUGUAUUUGCGUGUUACAUACAUUUUGCAUUGAGAGAAUCGAAAGUUUUGUACAUUUAACACUGUCACUUAUACUCUCUUAUGGAAAAACCUCAUUAUUCGCUAUCAAUUUCAAUGUUUCGAACAUAAGACAAUGGUCUUUCUACUUGUCAUUUUAUGCGUUACAUGAUAAAAGUCAUUCAUUUCGAAUUUCACCCAAAAACCUAACAAUCUGUCUUUCGAUUCUGAUUGACCUUCCCCAUACUAUACAUUUGUCUUACUAUCUAGUCUAUUUGUGAAAUGUUUACCAAGAUGAAUAUAUGCAUUUUGAACUGUCAGGAUAUACCCCAUUAACUGGACAUGAUCAUUUAUUAUUUGAUAUUAUAUUCUAAAAACCGAAAACAUUACUUAGUGACUGUUCUACUGUCCGUAGUUUAAUUUCACAUCAAACAAGCGUCUGAGCUCAAAAUGAAAUAUUUCAUCCUUAGAACUAAGCAACUAUGAUUAGCCGGUACUUUACUUGAGUCAUUUUCAGUUUCUUUGAGACUAAAAUACGGAGUUCAGUCCUGCCUUUUUCAUGGACUUCAAUGAUAGUUGUCGAAAAUUGCAUGAAAGUUUGGAUACUCCUAAGCCCUUUUAAACCAAAGCACGGAGUUUUCUUGGGAAAUGACUUCCUAUUCUUUGAUCUAAAGGGCCUAUCCACAUGACAGUGGGGUUAUAUCAGUAUUAUGGUCAUCAGUCACCACAAUAGCUUUACACGCGAUUCAUUCCCCAUGGUCUGUUUCCACUGUUGCUUGAAAUAAAGAUUUCUUAAUUCCUUUAAAAACUCUUCGUGCACAUCACUGGGGGUCCGCCUUCACCCUCUCACUUUAUCAAAAAUGCCUUGGAUAUUUAAAGACAGUAUGUUUUCUCUUGAAGCAACUAUAAACUCGCAGAAUAUUUUUAAGAAAUCAGAUUCUCUGUACUAUCCCAACUCAAGGAGUUGGGAUCCUAAACACCAUGCGACUGUGUGGCUUGAGACGGUCUCAGGCACGGCUGGGAACAGAAUUCAAGGCCAGUUCGGCUACAUAGUUCGCUUUUGUAUUCCUCGUCAGCAGUGGUAUGCAUGUUUUAACUGACUUCAAUCUAUCUUGAUUGUGUUAUUACUCUAUUUCUUAUAGUGCUUACUGUUCUUAUUUUCUUGUUCGUUGGUUGUAUUGUUAUCUCUCUUCUGAUUCUUCACAGUAGUUUCAUUUCUUUCUUAAUAUGCUUGAUUCAGUUACUACCUAGUAAAAGAAAAAUAAUAUUCAAUUGUCGGCAUGAGCAAAAUUUUCGAUUUAACGAUUCCGGAGGUGAUACAUGACCAAAGGUCACCAGGUUUUUCAAGUAUUAAGCAGUUAAUUGACAUUAAGCUAGUCAUCCAGGGUAAUGCUUCAGUAUGUGUUUGGAAAAUGUUCAUUUUGUGUGAUCAAUAUGACCUGUGAAUAUACUUACAGAUGUACAUUAAUUUAACUAAAAGAAAAAGUUCAUGCUUGACACAUUUCCAAAUAUGUCGCUACUAGAGAAGACAGUUCAGAACCCCGACGAACGAAGGGUCUUCAGAAAGGUUGACAGUAGGAUUUUUGGAGUUCUGUUGAUAUAUAUUCCUUUUUCAUUCGGUGUCCGUGAACAAAGUUAUCUCUGGCAAUGUGAAUGUACUUAUUGGUGAGUGUUUUAAUUUUGGGUUAUUGUCUAUUAACUUUGUGGAAAGCUCAUUCUAUAUAGGUUUUCGUUGAAUUUUAGCCAAUUCAUCAUCAGUUGUGCCCUCCGUUUAUAUUCGUCUUACAAUUGAAAAUAGAGAAUCCAUUAAUUUUCUCUGGGGUGCACGUACAUCCAGUUGAUGAGUCCCAAACAGGACGAGACGCGCAUCAUGAAUUUGCUGUGGCGUUCUCAAGAAUAUUCAGAUUUUCUUAGAAGGGCUAAGAUCUCUUUGGGAACGUCUUAGUAAUCGCACUUUAGUGCUGUUAAUUGUAAUUAAAUUCUUAUCGUCCAGUCAUCACAAGCAGAUGUAUAUAUCCUAUACAAUAGUAACUUGUUUUCAAAAUGUUUAGCCACAUUUGUUUCUUUCGUAAGAUAAUUUAUUUCAAUAUUAACCAGCAUUACAUAAAAGUACAAAUGAGUAAAUUUAGUGUCGUAUUCUUAGCUCGAAAAGGUUUAUAAUCCUGAAGACCCAGAUUAUGACCCAUGGGAAGAAAAAUAUGAUCAAGGUAGAAUGCGACAAAAAUUUAUGGAACGAUUCGAUACAGAUGGUGAUUACUUUGUUUCUCGUGAUGAAUUUCUAAGAGGUGUUAAUCAACCUUAUCCAUCAUAUGACCGUGAUUGGAUGACUGCUCAAGAUGAAGAGGAUAUGUUUGAAACAAAUGAAGAGGAAUUAAGAAGGUUAGCUAGUGAAGCACAAUUAAAAGAACAAAAUCAAUUGACACAUGAACCAGAUCGUCAGCAAACAACAACAGAACAGCCAAAGGUACAAAAUGUAUAGGGUCGUAAUUGUUUUUAUUCACGUAUAUUUAUGAACUAUCGUUUACUGUUGUUUUUCCAUUAUGAAAGAACUAGGAACUUCUUGACCGGAUUAUGUUGAUUUGUCCUGUAACUUAUUUUUAUCUGGACAAUUUUUAAUCUAUACUUUAUUCGCUUUUUUAAUCACAUGCAAUUAAAUACUAAAUACCUUUUGAGUUUUACAAACGUAAAUUAAUUGAUUAACUUUUAUUUGUUGUUUGCUUCUCCUUCUAUCGCUCCAUGUUAUACUUACGAUUUGUUUUUAUUUUACUUUAUUUCAAUCACAUAUCUACCUCAAGGUUGAAAAAAUCAAUAAGUACAAAGUUCAGAAUUGUUUGUAUCUUUGAGUUAGUAAUGUUUUUUUUAGUUUUUAACGUUAACAGAAAAGUGAGAGAAUUUCUUGACGGUCUACUCACAAAAGCUUAAUAAAAAUCACCACACCUAUUUACUUGGUAAAUAUUACCAAAAUGUAUUACUGGUAUGUACCUUUCACUGUUUUUUUGACUGCACGUUAUUGUGAGAGAAUAAAGAAGUGCACUAAGAAGGUA